UUCUCAAACGCAAACAAACAAACACAUUUUGGCGGCGUUUUUGUUUACCUUUUAUUUUGCACACAAAUUUACAAUGUCAAUCACUCUAGAUUUUAAUGGUAAAAACAUUGCCAAGAGCAAUGAAUUAGAGUUGCACUUCUUGCCGGCCAAAAUCGACGGCGAUGGGGAAGCGAAUGUGGAUCAUUACUUCAACAACUACACACGUGAAGCAACAGAAUUCGGCCGUGGAAUCCUGACGAACGCCUUGCGCGGAUAUCCAUUAAUGGGAGAGAAGUUGAAAGUGCCCGAAGGAUACAGCGGUUUAGUUCUACAAGAAACAGAGAAGCCCAUCAGCAUUUCCUCCGACCGACAGUUGCGUCUUACUGGAGUAUUUAAGGAUUUUACGUACUGGAACUACGACAAAGUGCCCUCCAAUGGCGAUCCCUACCGACAGGCCCUUUUCUUGGCGGAUGUUGCUCAAGCUCUAUCGCAGCCUAUUAGCGAAGACGAUUUAGAGGCAGAAAUCGUCCGCAAUAAGGAAAACAAUAAGGAAAGCCCUUAAUUGUAAUCGCGCUUACCGCGUAUUAUUUAUUACUCCAAAAUCUAAUCCAAUACAUACAUAUAUAUCUUUAAAA